UUGGAGUGGCUUAUAACAAAUAGUUGCUUCUGGGACGUGUGUCCUGGCCUUUUUCAUAUCUCUAGUAUAUGCCUUGGCGCCUACGCAAGACGACGCUUUCUUAUUUUUUUUCCCCAGGCACGUAAACUCGAGAGAAGGCGUGAAAACAAGAAGAACAAACGGGAUAGGCAGCAAAUUCGGCAAACAAUUGCAAAAUGCUAUGAUGUUGAUGACUCCACGAGUAAAAUGCUCGCCAUUGAAAGGCAGAUUGUUGGACUUGACAAGCCCCAAUUCCACAUCGAUGUCUUGAAGAAAAAACAAAGGGUAGGCAUGGUCAACAAGCGAAGGGCGGUGUUGCAGACGUUGAAAGAAGAAAAAGAACUGAAGGAGUUGAAUGAGAAAUUGCAUCACUAUUAUUCUGAUUGCAAGAAACUACAAGCGCUCGCCGGUAAUGAAUUUGUGUUAUUUCUAGUGCUCCGUUUGCCUAUUUCAAAGAAAAAGGUAGAGUUCAAACUUCCUCGCGGAGGACCUCGACGACAAGGGCUACGCCCUCCCGGACCUCCUUGUGGUAUUCCCCCCGAUUUGAGUGAUAGCGAAGGCGAAGGAGAAAACGAUCAUGACCCUUAUCACGUACCUCUCCCGGCUGACGACGACCUUGCGCCGGUGAUAAGUGAUGAUUAUUUAUGUAUUCCUCGAAGCAACUUCUUGACUUAUUGUCUGUAUUUUUCAGGAGGAGCGGUUAUUUCUUCUGCGCCAGUAAUUCGACGAGAUCGUGAACAACCGCCAGCCCCCACAACUGUUUCUGCCGCUCCGCAACUUAGAAAUUUGAGGAAGGAAACUGUGAAGCUAGUACCAGUGGUGUUGAAGCGUAAGCCAACUGGUGUUCGACCGAAGCCCACAAUCCGGAGGCCUCAAACGGAGGCGACGCAACAGGCGAAAACCACAGAUGAAGCGUAUAAUGAAUUUAUGAAAGAAAUGGCUGAUCUCAUCUAA